CUGGAGGGGGGGCAGAGCGCGACCCCGCUGCAGCACAGAGCCUCUUGAUACCCUCCUAACCUGCAGUGAUGUGUAAAGGCCUUUCCUCCCUGCCUUCUUCAUGUCUGGAGAAGGCCAAAGGGAUGCGAGUGAAGCUCAUUCACCUGGCAGAUGCCCAUCACAAGCAUCGGCUUCACGACGGAAAGACACUUCAGGAUCUGGAAACCCUGCUGAACACCAAAAGUGGCCUGCAGGCCUUUCGAGGCUUCCUUCGUUCAGAGUUCAGUGAGGAGAACCUGGAGUUCUGGUUGGCUUGUGAGGACUUCAGAGUUUCUCCUUCAAACCUGCUGAAGAACAAGGCCAGCAAGAUCUACAGCCAGUUCGUUAACCCGGAGGCCCCACUGGAGGUGAACCUGGACGCUGAGACCCGCGAGGCUCUGCUGGGUGUGAUGGAGUCUCCGAGCGCCGACUCCUUCCUGGAAGCCCAGCAGAGGAUCUACAGCUUGAUGGCCAAAGACUCCUUCCCUCGGUUCCUCCGCUCUCAGCUCUGCGUGGAGGCCCUCAAAGCCUUCUAGAAGCUCAGCAUCACUUCUGCUGGAUGUGAUGGUGGAGCCGCGUUACCACUGCCAUCCUACGUUUGUGUUGAGCUUCCCUGUGGCAGGAAGCUUCAUGUGAUGCUUGCUGUGCUGCUUUAAUAAAAACCUGGAGCUUCAG